AUAUAUAAACUCCGGACAACCGCAGUAUCAGUACCACUAUCAGUCUUUCCUUCGUUUAACAAACAAUUUUGUGCCAAUACAAAAAUAUGGGUUCCUUAACUCUGAUAACUGUCGCGUGUUUGGUCGGCUUGACGUCUUACGGUGCGGCCAAAGUGAGCGACAAUGAAGUAGCAGAAGGAGUUAUCAAGCACACGCAUUACCAUACCGGGGACGUGGAACACGCGCACAAACACGACGGUGAGGCGCACCACGAGCACCACCACAAGGGAAGCGCGGAGCACGCCCAUCAUCACGGCGGCGAGUUUGGUCACGGUCACCACCACGGCGGCGAGUUCGGGCACGGACAUCAUCACCACGGCAGCGCGGACCACAAGCACCACCACGGCGGAGAAUUCGGACACGGGCACAAGCACCACGGUAGCGCGGAACACAAACAUCACCACGGUGGAGACUUCGGGCACGGUCAUCACCACGGCGGAGAAUUCGGUCACGGACACCACCACCACGGAAGCGCCGAGCACAAACAUCACCACGGUGGAGAAUUCGGACAUGGACACCAUCACGGCGGCAAGUUCGGACACGGACACGAGCACCACGGAAGCGCCGCGCAUAAGCACCACCACGGCGGCAAGUUCGGACACGGACAUCAUCACCACGGCAGCGCCGAUCACAAGCACCAUCACCACGGAAGCGCNGACCACAAGCACCACCACGGCGGAGAAUUCGGACACGGGCACAAGCACCACGGUAGCGCGGAACACAAACAUCACCACGGUGGAGACUUCGGGCACGGUCAUCACCACGGCGGAGAAUUCGGUCACGGACACCACCACCACGGAAGCGCCGAGCACAAACAUCACCACGGUGGAGAAUUCGGACAUGGACACCAUCACGGCGGCAAGUUCGGACACGGACACGAGCACCACGGAAGCGCCGCGCAUAAGCACCACCACGGCGGCAAGUUCGGACACGGACAUCAUCACCACGGCAGCGCCGAUCACAAGCACCAUCACCACGGAAGCGCUGACCACAAGCACCACCACGGCGGAGAGUUCGGACACGGCCACAAGCACCAUGGUAGCGCGGAACACAAACAUCACCACGGCGGUGAAUUCGGACACGGACACCAUCACGGCGGCAAGUUCGGACACGGACAUCACCACCACGGAAGCGCCGAGCAUAAGCAUCACCACGGCGGUGAAUUCGGACACGGACACCAUCACGGUGGCAAGUUCGGACAUGGACACCACCACCACGGAAGCGCCGAGCAUAAGCAUCACCACGGCGGUAAGUUCGGUCACGGACACAAGCACGGCGGUAGUGCUGAACACGCUCACCAGCACCACGGCAAAGCCGCUCACGGUCAUCACCACGCCGGUCACUCGAAACACCACCACAAACACACCGUCUAAGAACACCCCGUGGUCCGCCCGAAGACGAUGACCGUCGUCAUCUCAGGUGCAUUACCACUAUAUGUAUACAAAAAUGAUUAAAAUGAUGACGAUA